UGCCCCGUAAUUACUUUGUUUGUGCAAAUUUAAAUAAAACAUAAAAACUAGAGGUUAUUGAUUACCGUACCGGUCCAUAAAAACACGAGUAUCACUUGUAUCGUGUAAUUCUGGCGUUAUAUUAUUUAUUGUUAAAUUAGUCGUACAUCGUAGUUGAAAUAAGAGAAAACGAAUCAGUUCUCGCGAAAGCUGUGUAUUGUUCCAAUUGUUUUUUUUUCUGCUUAGUUGCAAAUAACUUCAAGAAGGCAUCAAUUGAUUAAGCAACUCUUGUUUUUUAAUUGUUUUGUUCAUUCGAUUAAUUGUGUACUAUGGAAACAAUAAUGACUCCGUGCACGACGUAUUGGAACAGUAGAUUGGCACCGCUUUCAUAAGUUAACUAACAACAAUCAAAUCAAUGUAUUUUACGUGUAUCCUUAUGUUUUUAAUCGCAACAUUAUUGGGAAAACUUUUCAAACACUUCUUUUUAUCCAACGCAGAAGAACCGCCAAAACCGAAUAACCUUAUAAAAAGGGUUCAAUUUUCUAAUGAAAAUUUAAUUAUACAAAACGGAGUCUGUAACAAUACAAAUAGUUUACUUAAAAGCGUCCCAAUGAGUACUUCAGAGAGGCCUAGUUUUUUGGUAGGAGAUGAAAUCGACGCCAGCAUACAGGAAGCGACUGAAGCAGUUGAUGAAUUUCCCCAAGGAAAUAAUCCAAUAAGGGCCAAUGGAGAUGUAGUAGAUAAGCGCAAGCGUUUAAGACCUAGUAUGUCUCGUGGAACAGGUUUGGGAGUCGAACGUCAUCAAGAACGAGAUUUCCUCAUUGCUACUACUGAAGAGUUCGUCAAGAGGUUCGGCGGUACGAGAGUUAUAAAUAAAAUUCUAAUCGCUAACAAUGGAAUUGCUGCCGUCAAGUGUAUGCGUUCCAUACGCAGAUGGUCGUACGAGAUGUUUAAAAACGAACGAGCUGUUCGUUUUGUCGUUAUGGUAACACCAGAAGAUCUUAAAGCCAACGCUGAGUAUAUAAAAAUGGCCGAUCACUAUGUGCCAGUGCCUGGUGGAUCAAAUAACAACAACUAUGCAAAUGUAGAGUUGAUUGUAGACAUUGCACUGAGAACCCAAGUUCAGGCUGUUUGGGCUGGUUGGGGUCAUGCUUCAGAGAACCCAAAACUUCCAGAAUUACUUCAUAAAGAAGGUCUGGUGUUUCUUGGACCGCCUGAGAGAGCUAUGUGGGCACUUGGUGAUAAGGUUGCGUCAUCGAUUGUUGCACAAACAGCAGAAAUUCCAACACUUCCCUGGUCCGGUUCUGAGCUCAAAGCUCAAUACACAGGAAAGAAAAUCAAAAUCUCUUCCGAUUUAUUCAACCGUGGGUGUGUAAGCAACGUUGAUCAGGGCUUAGCUGCCGUUGCAAAAAUUGGUUUUCCUGUCAUGAUUAAGGCUUCUGAAGGUGGCGGGGGUAAGGGUAUUCGAAGAGUUGACACUGCUGAAGAAUUUCCCGCUUUAUUCCGCCAAGUUCAAGCUGAAGUGCCUGGCUCGCCUAUAUUUGUAAUGAAGUUGGCACGUGGGGCUAGGCAUUUAGAAGUUCAAUUGUUAGCCGAUCAAUAUGGCAAUGCUAUAAGUUUAUUCGGACGUGACUGUUCUAUACAGCGUCGUCACCAAAAGAUUAUCGAGGAAGCUCCUGCUAUAGUUGCCUAUCCAGAAGUAUUUGAGGAUAUGGAAAAGGCUGCUGUACGGUUAGCAAAAAUGGUGGGUUAUGUAAGUGCAGGAACUGUUGAAUAUCUUUACGAUACAUCGGGUAAAUACUAUUUCCUCGAAUUGAAUCCAAGACUUCAAGUAGAGCAUCCUUGUACUGAAAUGGUUGCAGACGUUAACCUACCAGCUUGUCAGUUGCAAAUCGGUAUGGGUGUUCCAUUAUAUCGCUUGAAAGACAUUCGUUUGCUCUAUGGAGAGUCUCCUUGGGGAACUUCUAUAAUAGACUUUGAAAACCCAGCUAACAAACCAGUUCCCUUAGGACACGUCAUUGCGGCCCGUAUUACAUCCGAAAAUCCAGAUGAAGGCUUUAAGCCCAGUUCAGGAACUGUACAGGAACUCAAUUUCCGUUCCAGUAAAAAUGUUUGGGGCUACUUCAGUGUAGCCGCUUCAGGUGGUUUGCAUGAAUUCGCAGACUCACAGUUUGGACAUUGUUUUUCGUGGGGAGAAAACCGUCAGCAGGCUAGAGAAAAUUUAGUCAUCGCUCUCAAGGAAUUAUCCAUUCGUGGAGAUUUCCGAACAACUGUAGAAUAUCUGAUCACAUUACUGGAAACGAACAGCUUCUUAGACAAUAGCAUCGAUACUGCUUGGCUAGAUGCUUUGAUUGCAGAACGGGUUCAAUCUGAGAAGCCCAACAUUCUUUUGGGUGUGAUUUGUGGGGCUCUCCAUAUCGCCGAUCGACAAAUAUCUGAAGCUUUCUCUAGUUUCCAAACAUCUUUGGAGAAGGGACAAAUUCAAGCUGCUAAUACGCUAACAAAUGUAAUUGAUGUUGAACUCAUUAACGAUGGUAAUCGCUACAAAGUUCAAACAGCAAAAAGUGGACAAAACACAUACUUUCUCUUGAUGAAUAACUCAUUUAAAGAAGUUGAAGUGCACAAGCUUUCCGAUGGUGGUAUGCUAUUGUCAUUCGAAGGGUCAUCAUACACGACUUAUAUGAAAGAGGAAGUGGACCGUUAUCGAAUUGUGAUUGGAAAUCAAACGUGUGUUUUUGAGAAGGAAAACGAUCCUUCACUUCUUCGAAGCCCAUCUGCUGGAAAACUAAUAAAUUUACUUGUAGAGGAUGGAGCUCAUGUAAAUAAGGGACAGGCAUUUGCAGAAAUUGAAGUAAUGAAAAUGGUUAUGACGUUGACAUCUUUAGAAGCGGGUACCGUAACAUUUAUCCGUCGUCCAGGAGCAGUUCUCGAUGCAGGCACACUCCUUGGUCAUUUGGAGCUGGAUGACCCGUCGCUGGUCACAAAAGCUCAGCCAUUUAAGAGUGGAUUUCCAGUGGCGGAAAACUCUUCGAUACCAGAAAAACUCAACCGAGUUCACAACAGUUACAAAGUCAUAUUGGAGAACACUCUUGCAGGAUACUGCCUCCCGGAUCCUUACAAUGCUCCUCGCCUUCGUGAAGUUAUCGAGAAGUUUAUGCAGAGUCUUCGUGAUCCAUCUUUGCCUCUCCUUGAACUGCAAGAAGUCAUAGCAUCUGUUUCAGGGCGUAUUCCAAUAUCAGUUGAGAAGAAAAUUCGAAAACUGAUGACUUUGUACGAACGCAAUAUAACAAGUGUGCUAGCCCAGUUCCCAUCGCAACAAAUCGCGAGUGUAAUCGACUGUCAUGCGGCUACAUUGCAAAAACGUGCCGAUCGAGAUGUAUUCUUCCUCACCACUCAGGGAAUCGUUCAACUAGUUCAACGAUACCGCAACGGAAUUCGUGGUCGUAUGAAAGCAGCAGUCCAUGAACUUCUCAGACAAUACUACGAGGUGGAGUCACAAUUUCAACACGGUCACUAUGACAAAUGUGUCGGUUUGAUAAGAGAAAGACACAAAGACGAUAUGUUGACGGUUGUUAACACGAUAUUCUCGCACAGCCAGGUGUCGAAGAAAAAUCUCCUCGUAACUCUAUUAAUAGAUCAUCUGUGGGCCAAUGAACCUGGUCUUACCGAUGAAUUGGCAACUACUUUAAGUGAACUUACUUCUCUACAUCGUGCGGAACAUUCGCGUGUAGCCUUGCGUUCGAGACAAGUACUGAUAGCUGCUCACCAGCCCGCUUAUGAACUGCGUCACAAUCAAAUGGAGUCGAUAUUUUUGUCUGCAGUUGAUAUGUAUGGCCAUGAUUUCCAUCCGGAAAAUCUACAACGGUUGAUUUUGUCAGAAACAUCAAUUUUUGAUAUUCUGCACGAUUUCUUCUACCAUACAAAUCGUGCUGUUUGCAAUGCUGCCUUGGAAGUUUAUGUCCGAAGAGCUUACAUAUCGUAUGAUCUAACAUGUUUGCAGCACUUGGAGUUGUCGGGCGAAGUACCGUUGGUGCAUUUCCAGUUUGUGCUACCGACUGCGCAUCCGAAUAGACUCCAAUCUCAUCUAUCGCUGGAUGGAAUGGAGGCGGCCUUGUCUCCAGGUGCAACAUUUAUGCGAACAGGAUGCAUGGCUGCAUUUGAUUCGUUCGAACAUUUUGAACAAUAUUCAGAUGAAAUCUUCGAUCUUCUUGAAGAUCUGUCGUCUCCAGCUUAUGCUAGUGCUAAGGUACUUGAAGCUGUUGAUGCAGCAGAUUCUGCCUCUGACGGCAGACUCAGUACUUCCAUCAAUGUUUCGUUGUCUGAUCCAGUUUCAAGAGCUAAUGCCGCAGAUGAAGCCACAUCUACAGAACCUAUCCAUAUUUUGAGUGUAGCUGUUCGUGAAAUUGGUGAUAUGGACGAUGUUCAGAUGGCGUCAGCUUUUGGAACGUUCUGUAAACUACAUCGGGAAGAACUGUUUCAAAGACGUGUACGCAGGAUAACAUUUGCUUGCUUGAAAAAACGCCAGUUCCCCAAGUUCUUUACUUAUCGGUCAAGAGACAAUUUCGAAGAGGAUCGUAUCUACCGACAUUUAGAACCAGCUUGUGCCUUCCAAUUGGAACUCAAUAGAAUGAGAACAUACGACCUAGAAGCCUUACCCACAUCGAAUCAAAAAAUGCAUUUGUACUUGGGCAGAGCGAAAGUUUCCAAAGGUCAAGAAGUUAGCGACUAUCGGUUUUUCAUUCGUUCCAUCAUUCGUCAUUCCGAUCUCAUAACUAAGGAAGCUUCAUUUGAAUACUUACAAAAUGAAGGAGAACGAGUGUUGCUUGAAGCAAUGGACGAACUCGAAGUAGCCUUCUCCCACCCCCAUGCAAAACGCACAGACUGCAACCAUAUUUUCUUAAAUUUUGUACCCACUGUUAUAAUGGACCCUGCGAAAAUUGAAGAGUCUGUAACGAAGAUGAUCAUGCGUUAUGGUCCCCGAUUAUGGAAAUUGAGAGUACUUCAAGCUGAACUGAAAAUGGUCAUCCGUCAAACUCCCCAAUCGGCUACGCAAGCUGUACGACUUUGUAUUGCCAACGAUUCUGGCUACUUCUUGGAUAUAUCAAUGUACACGGAAGUAACAGAUCCCGAAACUGGAAUUAUAAAAUUCCAAGCAUACGGCGAAAAACAAGGUUCACUAAACGGGCAUCCCAUUUCAACGCCAUACAUGACGAAAGAUUUUUUGCAACAAAAACGUUUCCAGGCCCAGUCAAAUGGUACAACGUAUGCAUAUGACAUUCCUGACAUGUUCCGUCAAAUGACCGAGAAGCAAUGGAAAGACUUUUCAAAGGCACGACCAACUGUUGAAAUUAGAAUUCCCGAAAAGAUUUUGCUUGAGUGUGUAGAACUUGUAUUGGAUGGAGAUAAUCUUGUUGAAAUGAAGCGCCUUCCUGGAGAGAAUAAUUGUGGUAUGGUGGCCUGGAGAAUAAUUUUAGCGACACCAGAAUAUCCAAGCGGAAGAGAAAUCAUUGUGAUUGCUAACGACCUGACAUUCUUCAUUGGAUCCUUUGGAAUUCAGGAGGAUAUUUUAUUCCACAAAGCAUCUCAAUUGGCACGAGAGCGAAAAGUUCCAAGAAUUUAUAUAUCAGUGAACAGUGGUGCCAGAAUCGGACUUGCUGAGGAAGUGAAAGCAAUGUUUAAGGUUGCUUGGGAAGAUCCAGAAGAACCCGAUAAAGGUUUUAAGUAUUUGUACUUGAGUACCGAAGACUACAGCAAGGUUGCUAGUCUCAAUUCGGUGCGAGCAAUUCUCAUUGAAGACGAAGGAGAGCCACGCUAUAAAAUUACCGAUAUUAUUGGCAAAGACGAUGGACUAGGUGUGGAAAAUUUGAGAUAUGCUGGUUUAAUUGCUGGUGAGACAUCGCAAGCAUACGAGGAAAUUGUUACAAUCUCAAUGGUGACGUGUAGAACUAUCGGAAUCGGUUCGUAUUUGGUGCGAUUGGGCCAACGUGUCAUCCAAAUUGAUAAUUCGCACAUUAUCCUUACCGGAUAUGCAGCUUUGAAUAAGUUAUUAGGACGCAAAGUAUAUGCGUCAAAUAAUCAACUCGGUGGUGUUCAAAUUAUGUACAACAACGGUGUAUCUCAUAAGACUGAAGCAAUUGACUUGGAUGGUGUGAAUACUAUCCUUACAUGGCUGUCAUACAUUCCUGCUUAUAUUGGCGGAGAUUUGCCCAUAGUAUUGCCUAAUGACCCAGUCAACCGCCCUAUUGGAUUCAUGCCAACGAAAUCUCCGUACGAUCCACGAUGGAUGCUUGCCGGUCGAGUUAAUCCUGCCAACAUGAACGAAUGGGAGACUGGUUUCUUCGACCGAGGUUCAUGGGCUGAAAUAAUGGAGGCUUGGGCAAAAACCGUUGUGACAGGAAGAGCUCGUCUUGGCGGUGUGCCAGUUGGUGUUAUUGCUGUUGAAACAAGAACUGUUGAAGUGGAAAUGCCAGCAGAUCCUGCCAACUUAGACUCGGAAGCUAAAACAUUGCAACAAGCCGGCCAAGUUUGGUAUCCCGAUUCAUCGUACAAAACAGCUCAAGCAAUUAAAGACUUUGGACGCGAAGAACUUCCUCUUUUGGUUUUUGCCAAUUGGAGAGGUUUCUCCGGUGGAAUGAAGGACAUGUACGAGCAGAUUGUGAAGUUCGGAGCGUAUAUUGUCGAUGGAUUGAGGGAAUAUAAACAUCCGGUUCUAAUUUACCUGCCACCUAAUGCUGAACUACGUGGAGGAGCUUGGGCCGUUUUGGAUUCUCUGAUUAAUCCAAGAUAUAUGGAAACCUACGCCGAUCCAGAAGCGAGAGCUGGGGUCUUGGAACCCGAAGGUAUUGUCGAAAUUAAGUACAAGGAAAAGGAUCUGGUAAAAACAAUUCAACGACUAGAUGCCACCGUUAUAUCGCUCAAUAAACAACUGGAGGAAGUUACGGGCGAUACGUUGAGAACGCAUGAAAUAGAAGAAAAAAUAAAGACCCGGAUAAACCAACUAAUUCAUGUGUACCACACUGUUGCGGUGCACUUUGCAGAUUUACAUGACACGCCUGAGCGAAUGUUAGAAAAGCAAUGUAUAAAUGAAAUUGUUCCAUGGCGAGAAUCCCGUGCCUGGCUAUACUGGCGGCUGCGCCGUUUAUUGUUGGAGGAUGCGAUGACGAAAAAGAUCAUUAAAGCCCAAGAUAAUUUGUCUGUUGGCCAAGCAAAGCAAAUGCUUCGAAGGUGGUUGGUUGAAGAGAAGGGAGCUACUGAGGCCUACAUUUGGGAUAGCAAUGAAGAAAUGGUUCGGUGGUAUGAUGAACAGAAGGGUCCUGAAUCCACAGUUUCGAAAAAUAUAAACGCUGUCAAACAGGACGCGAUUAUAUCGAAAAUUCAAAAACUUUUACAGGAAUGCCCUGAGGUAGCUCUUGAUGCGGUUGUUGGCCUUUGCCAAAACCUCACACCCGUCAACCGUGGCGUAGUUGUUCGCACCCUAGCACACCUUGAACUUAAGGAAAACGAAUCUAAUCCUCAAGUAUGACCGGUUUUUAAGUUUCAUGUUUAACUUCAUUCACCCAGGAAUAAAAACGAAUCAUUUUAAAUUUUCAUUAGUUAAAGAAAAUUAAACAACAAAAAAACUGUAAAUAAAACACGGCCCGCGCUUGCAAACUUCAUUUUUAUUCCUUUUUUAGGAAUCAAUUUAACAUAACACUGAUUUAGUUGAACUAAAGGAAAUUUUUGUUAUACAUUUAAGAAUGUACCUGUCGCAUGUUCAAUGAAUUAUUCAAACAAAAAAAAAUCGCUUUAUUAAGUUUGUUGCAGAUUAUAUUUAUUUUAUAAGGCGAGUAAAAACAUUGUAAAUUAUAUAAUGCAGAUUGAUAAAAUCGAUCAAACGAUUUUUUACACUGCAUAUCUUUUUGUAAUGAAUUUGUAUUAAUGCAUAUACUAUGUAAAAAUAAAAUAAAAGCAUUAGUUAUAAAGUAUUGAAAA